AUAAACUAAUUGGUUCACAUGUUACACACUGCUGACGCUUAUAAGCAAACUACGUUCGAAAUAUUAGCUGCAGCUGGGUGUGCACUUAACUAAAUAAGUAAAUAAAUCUUAGUACAACGAUAACAAAGUUACUACUACUGUUAUAUAAGGUUUGCAAAGUGGGAUAAAUUAGUUUGCCACGAGCAGGAUGUCUAUUAUGAACUUUCCCGGAUUCCUCUCAGAGUUAAAGAAUUAAUUAUAUAUUUCACUUGUUUCACACAAGCAGCUACUAUUAACAGACAUGGACUUCGGUAACGCCACUCAACAACCUGUUGAUAAACCACCAGAGUACUUUGAAGCAACAGGAUACAAGACUGAUUCUGGAUUUCCCCCUCCUCCUGUAUACCCUUCAGCACCUGAGUAUCCACCCCAACCUGGAUAUCCACCGCAACCAGGAUAUCCACCCCAACCUGGAUAUCCACCGCAACCAGGAUAUCCACCCCAACCUGGAUAUCCACCGCAACCAGGAUAUCCACCCCAACCUGGAUAUCCACCACAACCAGGAUAUCCACCCCAACCUGGAUAUUCCUCACCACCUGGUUACGCUUCACCUUAUCCAGGACAACAAUCACAACAGCAGCAACAACAAACUGUUAUUGUAAACUCCCAAACUGGAAUAGUGGCUAGCAGUUCAGGAAGACGUGUCAAAACGUUCAUUAUCCUUGCUUUUGUUAUCGUCCUGUUUGCCAUCAUAAUGAUAAUAAUAAUAGGAGGACUCUAAACAUACAAUUUAAAACAAUUAUUAGAUGGAACUUUCCAUUGAAUUAUUUGUUUUUUUGUAGGGACAGGUGGUGUUUUUUUGUUUUUUGU